GUGUGUGAUCAUGUGGACAGACUAGUAUUUGGUAGUUUGGUUAUCGCUUCCUGACUUUUAAAGUCCUUGCUAUGACUUUGGGGAAGUGAUUUUUUCCUGUAGUUUUCCCAUCUUCAAGCAUGGAUGCAGCAAUUGAGACAAAUAUCCCCUUGCCUCUCCCCAAAAUGAACAGUAAUACAAAAUGUUUCUGAGGUUCUGUGUUUGGAUGCUGGUUCAGAGCUUAAUUGGGAAGACUCUGAAGCUUUUAAACAAACAUUCACCAGAGCUGUCUCUCUCAGCAGUAGAGAAACUGGUUUCUGGUUCUUCCUUUUCUUCUGCCUUUCUUCUUCCUCCUUCCUCACUGCUCAUGAGGGAUCCAGCUGAGGACUUACACAGUUUAGCAGGUGCCUGGGCACUGGGCUAUAUCCUCAUGUUCAUUUAGCAGCCAUGGAAGGCCACCUUCAUUGUUUUAAAUACCUACUGAGUAGGAUGCAUACUGGAGCACAAGCUUUAAAAGCCUUCAAUGAUAACGGAGAAAAUGUAUUGGACCUGGCCCAGCGAUUCUUGAAACAGAACAUUAUACGGUUUAUUCAGGGGACUGAGUAUGAAGGAAGCAAUCCAGAAGAUCAGGACAGUUUAGAGUUUCCAGGUCAUGUGGCUGCCUUUAAGGGCGAUCUAGAAGUGCUUAAGAAACUUAUAGGAGAUGGAGUGAUCAAUCUGAAUGAGCGUGAUGAGACUGGAUCAACUCCUAUGCAUAAAGCUGCUGGACAGGGCCACGUAGAGUGUUUGCAGUGGUUAAUUAAAAUGGGAGCCGACAGUAAUAUUACCAACAAAGCAGGAGAGAGACCCAUCGAUGUGGCUAAAAGAUUUGCUCAUUUGGCAGCAGUGAAACUGUUAGAGGGGCUACAGAAAUAUGAUAUAGAUGAUACUGAAUUUGAUAAAAAUCAUAUAAAGUUUUUUAUAAGGCAUGGUGUUGAGGGAAGCACUGAUGCCAAGGAUGACUUAUGUCUGAGUGAAUCAGACAAAGCAAAUGCCAGAAUGAGAGCUCAUAAGAAAAUUGUAGAAUUGAGAAAACUUCUGGAAAUUGCUGAGAGCAACUUCAAACAGUUGGGUGGGAUAACAGAAGAGGAUCUAAAUCAGCAGAAAGAACAACUGGAGUCUGAGAAGACCAUCAAAGACCUGCAGGGCCAGCUGGCCUAUGAGCGACUCCGCAGGGAAAAGUUAGAGUGUCAAAUGGAUGAAUAUCGAGCAGAAGUGGAUCAACUCAAGGAAACACUGGAGAAAAUUCAGGUCCCCAGUGUUGUGGCUAUGGAAGAUGACUCUUUUGAGUCCAGCAAAGAGAAGCAGCCAGUGAAAAAAAAAGUAUCUCCUGGGGGCUUGCUUUUCAGAAGGUACUAAUCAGUGCAGUAAGGUUAAAUAAACACCUAAUUUUUUUUUCACUUCAGAUCGAUGGAAAUUCUUCUGUUCUAAAGGUGAAAAUAUUAUAUUAAAGAUGCUUGGAAAAUUC